AAGCUCCUGCAGGACAGGACACACACAGACAGGACACAUGGCACCCGUCAGUCAGCACACGUCAGCCUCGAUGGUACGGACAGACACCACUCUCUCCAGCGUGAGGCACCUCAUCUCUGCGCCCCACGCUGCCCUGGUCCUCAGCCUGCUCUUCGCCUCCUUCCACUCGACUUGCUUGGCAGAAGCAAGCAGUAACCGCAACUCAACCUCGACCACCCACCACCCAGACCCUGAGACCCUGGAGCAGUGCCUCAAUGUGGACUUCUGUCCACAAGCAGCCCGCUGCUGUCACGUUGGAGUGGAUGAGUACGGCUGGAUCAUGGCCGCUGUUGGCUGGAGUCUCUGGUUUCUCACCCUCAUCCUGCUCUGUGUGGAUAAACUGAUGAAGCUAACUCCCGAGGAGCCCAAGGACUUGCGAGCAUGAGACAGACAAUCAUAGCCCCAACCAGAUCCAUUGCCACCCAAUUAUGGAUAAUUGCAGGAGCGGAUGUGGUUUCUGUUCAAGUCAUUUUCACCUUUAAACUUCCGUUACUUUUAAAAAGGAAGGAAGAAGGAUAAGGGGAUCUAAAUAAGGCAACACUUAAUUUCAAAAGGCACUCGGGCUUUCUGAGCCCUGAUAAUAUGCUUUCUCAAGAGAGUCUGUAUGGAAAUUGCUUCUACUUUAACCAACACUUUCUUCUGGGCUCCACGGAUGGUGCACAAGAAACAUGAGACUAAGUCUUUUAGUCAACACAUUUGAAAUUAAACUCAGAACCUUUGUACCAAAAACAGGCCAUUGUUAUCUGACCUUCAGUUCAGUCCAGGGCAUCACUGUCAUUUCAAAAGGUCAGGGCCAUCUCUGCCACCCCCACGGCCCUCACCCACAUGUCUGAUGCUUCUCCAGCUCUUGUCUCCAGAGUGGGAAUGGACUAGACUGUCCCAUUCUUGCUGUCAGCAUCCUGGGCCUGGCCUUCACUACAUCAUCCUGCAUUAUUUCAGGAAUAUUUCCUUUCGUUCUCGCUGACUUCAGGAUCUUCCUCCCCGCACGCCACUCCCCGUGGGCAGCUGCCAGAGUAGUGUUUUCACUCCCCUGCUCACAACCUUCCAUGACUGCUAAUAAUGGAAACCUCACAGCCUGGCUUUCAGCUCUUCUCACGAGUCCAACCAUCUUUCCAGGUCUGGCGCCCAGCACAGGGGGUGAAAGGCUCUGACUGGCCCACUGGGCGUCUUCCAUUUUUCUGCUGCCUCCCAAGUCCGCCUCCAGAAUGAAGACCGCUGCUCAAAGUCCAGCUCGAAUGCUUGCUCUGCCCGGAGCCUUCCUGAUCAUCGUGGGGGCGCUGGAGCUGCUGUGCCCUGAGAUGCAGCCGUCACGGACGGACCGCCUCACGUUCAGUUUAUAUUUCAGUGUUUGUCCAGUGAAUGAAUGAACGAACGAGUCCCUGUCCCAGAUGGACUUAAAACCGUCACUGGGCAUUCAGAGUGUCCAUUUUUCUAUAAAUGGUUAAAAAAAACUAACUUCUGAAGAAGCCAGUUGGUUUAAUUCCUGUUCUCUCAAUGAGUCAGUUUGCACGAGGACGUCUCCAGUUGCUGUAAACUCUGCCAGUGGGGUCGGGAGGAGAGGAGGGCGGAUUCAUCAGGAGGAAGAAUGGACGAAAUAACUUUCUUUAUGAAACAAUUUCUGCCCUUAGUUAGGAAACACGUACUUAGAUUGGAUAAACUAAAUAAUCAAACUACAAAAGAGGGGAGUGCGAGAGGCAUCUGAAAUAGGAAGAAAUGUUUUCUUUAGGUGGCAAAUGACUCAAAGCUGCCCAACGCUCUUUCAGAAAAUCUAAACUUCCCUGAUGAUGGGAACUAAAAGGAUCGCUUUGCUCAUGAUGAAGACCCAGGCAGUGUCAGAAUCUCAGCUGUUGAAUCAGUAAAAGGGAUGGAUUUAUUGUGCUUAAGUGUUAAGUAAUCAUGUGAGCAAAAGUGUCUGCAAGAUGCCUGGUGCAUAUUGUGGAAAUAUACAUGAGUCUGUGUUCCACUGUUUUAGAGCUUCAAGGAAAGUGUUUCUACAAUAUGUGAUGGUUUAAUUUCUUAGCGAUCAAAAGACUCAGUAAGGAGCACACUUUGAUGUCACAUCUGCAAGCAUUUUGUAAUAAAACAGUGUGACAUAGUGGGAAGAGCACUGGCUCCAAAACGAAAAAUAAGAAGGGAAAUUAAGAUUUAUUUCUGGCCAGCAUGAUCAGAAACAAGUCACUAUCUCGCUGAGCAUCAACUUUCUAAAUGGAAAAUGUAAGACUUGAACCAAAUCAGUGGUUGCAAAGUCGUAGCGCUAUUUGAGGUGUGGCACAGAGAGGGGCACCCAAGGCCCCCGUCUUGUUUAUAUAUCAGAUGUCCAUGGCAAGAUUUCAUGUGCUGCUUUAAAAAGGAGAGUCAGAGCACCGGUCGGUGUCUGAGAUCCCCUCCAAUGUGGGGCAACAUGUAAAUUCUAAGACAACAUCAAAAUGAAUAAUUAUGUGUCGUUGCUGCCACAGCCACAUUAAAAUCUAGGCAUUUCGUGGAUUGCUUUCCUUUCAUCUGCCCAAGAGGAAGCUAGACUAAAUCCCAACAAUCACUCUUUUCUUUGAGACAGGAAAGAAAGAUGGUUAUAUAAUUUGAUGAUAAUGCUUCCCAAAUGCUUUAUCUGAGAUUUAUUCUCGGCAUGGAAUCUAUUCCAGCAAAGCAAAGAUGUAUCAAUAAAUGAAAAAGGCAAACCCGAGGGGGAAAAAAGUCAAGUAUUAACUUCCAGGGGUCGAAGAGUUUCCUGGUACAAAGCAGUAAGAACUGCCCAACUGUAAAUGUACUUUUCAUUGGAAAACUUUGCCUGUCGUAAUCAGUGCUGUCCUUAGUGCAUUUACAGGCUGUGUGACACAGAGCCCACACUCUUCCAGACAUUUCUGUAUCAAAAUAGCUUAUGCAGAAAUAGAAUAGUCAACAUUAAGUGUGGCACAAUUAUUUGACUGUAAAAAUCAUUUUUAAAGCUAUUCCUUUUUAUAUGCAUGACACUCCAUGACAAAUUAACCAAAUACAGAAUUUUCUAUUAAAAACGAAAUGCUGUACCAUGCAUGAUUACUCAAAAACAAGUCUUAGGCUAGCUUGGGCCUCUUUUCCACAAAAAAAAAAUUAUGUAAGCAUGUCAACUUAGAGAAAUAACAGUCUAGAAAUGUUUUUGAUGGAGACUAGCUUUCUCUGAACCCUGGCAUCUGUCCUGAAGUCAUGUAUCUACAUUUGGGGUGAUUCCAUGGUCUUCACUGGCAAGUAGUAGGAGUGCCUUGUCCCACCUUGCGUCUACAACCAACCUGCAAUCUACACCUGGUAUCUACAACCAGCCUUAUCAGGCUCCAUGCCAUCCUCCACACUUCCAGCCUGAUCUUGCUGUCACAUAAAUAAGUGAUCAAGCCAUUGCUUUGCUAAAAAUCCUCUGGUGACCCCCACAGUUGAGAGAAUAAAAUCCAUGUUCUUAGGACGGCCCACAAGACCUCCUGUAAUUGGAUUCCAACAUUUCUCUCGCUUUUGCGUAUUCUCCAGGCAAACCCCGUUUUGAAUUAUUUCAAUUCCCUAAACAUGCCAGGGCCUCUCUAUCCUCCAUGGCUCGUUUCUGCUGUUCACACAACCUGGCUCACCCCUCCCCAUGACGCAGCUUUGCCGUGAACCAAGAGAAGCUUACAUUUCGGGUCCCUUUGAUUGUAUGCCCCGCCCCACUCCAAGACCCUCUACCUAAUUUUGUAAUUCCUUUUCGUUUGUUUGUUUUUUUAAAGGAAGGCCCUCUAAUUGUCUACAUUUUAGGCCUCAUAAACCUGGACCAGCCCUUGCUCUUCCCCACCCCUUUCCCUUUCCUGGUUGGACUCAUUUGGUUUAUGGGGAUUGGUUUUCCAAGUCAAGCUGUGCCCUUCUCUCUGGACAGACGGACACACACACCCACACACACACACACAUGCACGCACGCCUCACCUCAGUGGCCUGUGCUCACCUGCAGAACAGCACUGUAACAAAGAUUCUGCCUUGGAUCAAACUCUAGCCAGUCUCCUCUGAGUCCACUUCUCAACCUUGGCCUAUAAAUUCUUAAAACACCAUAGGGAAUAUAGUCAAUAAUAUUGUCAUAACUAUGUACGGUGUCAGAUGGGUACUAGACUUAACCAGGGGGAUCACUUUGUAAGGUAUGUAAAUGUCUAAUCACUAUGUUGUACACCUGGAACUAAUAUAAUACUGGACGUCAACUGGAAUUAAAAAAAUAAACGUUUUUUAAAAGGAAAAAUAAAAAAGACUUAAACACUAACACAGCUUCUAACAGCACAAGGCCACAUCCCCACGAUGACCCCAGCCCCCACUUGAAGUGCCUGAGACAGCUCAAGGCAGCCAGAAGAAUUUAUUGUUUGUUCUAACCAACACCUGACAGUGAGAUCCUGACCACUCUUUCUUAGAGCAUUCACCAAAAAGUGCUUUUAGUUGCGAAUCCUUCCUCUAUCUCUUUGAGAUGUAUAGAGCUAUAUCUGUACAGCUGUAUCUCCUACAGCUCAGGGCCUGCAAGCUAUUCCUUUAAACUGUAACCAUCAGGAAGGCCGGGGCCCCUGUCUCCCAGUUUCUGUGCAAGGACAGAACCCUAACUUUGACAACUGUCAGCUAGUAGACACAGCUGGCCUACUCAGCCCUUACAUCCACUGAUUCUUUGUCAUUUCUCCCUUCCCUGACUCUACUGAGCCCCCAAAAACAACCCCCACCCUACGCCCUCAUCCUCCCUCUAA